AAGUAUCCAGACUUUAUCCAAUAUGUCCUGAAUGCACCUGUUCAUCUUCCAACUGAGAACAUUCUGUCUGGUUGCUGGGGAGUUGCCAUGGCCACAUUCUGUUUGGAGUUGAAGUGUUAGUACCAGCUUGGGACACAAGCUUGGAGGUGAACUAUUUGGGAAAGCAGUGAGCUGAAGCCACUCUGAUGGAGCAGAGGGCUCUGAAGAAGCUGGUGGAACCCAUCAGGAAAACUGUCAAGAGCUUCAAGAAAUCUGAAGUUGAAUGUCUCAUACAACUUUUCUAUAGCUUGGUGGGAUGCCCUGUUGGAAAGCUUGAUAAUACUAGGAUGGACCGCAACACUUUUCGAGGAGUCCUGCAGAACAUAUUCGGAAUGACUAAUGAUUUGUUGAUGAAUAGGGUGUUCUUUGUAUUUGACAAAGAUGGUGAUAGCUAUGUAAAUUUACAAGAGUGGAUUAAAGGCUUGGCAGUGUUUCUCCGAGGGACUUUUGAAGAGAAGAUGAGAUUCUGUUUUGAAGUUUAUUAUUUAAGUGGAGAUGCUUACAUUUCCCGAGAAAAAAUUUUUGACAUGUUGAAGAGUAGUCUCUUCCAGCACUCUCCUGAAGAAGAGAAUGAAGAAGGCAUAAAGGAUUUGGUAGAAAUAAGCCUGAAGAAGAUGGAUUAUGACAAUGAUGGCAAGAUCUCUUUUGCAGACUUUGAAAAAGCAGUGAAAAAAGAUGGACUUUUGUUGGAGGUAUUUGGACCAUGUUUACCAGAUGCAAAGACCUGCUUUCAUUUUGAAGCCAUGGUAUUCAAAAACAAUCCCCCUGCUAGUUUUUGAACACAAAUUGCUCAAUACUUGAAUUAAAAUGAGACUCUGAUUGCCUUUAUUUG